UGUACAGACUCGCAGGCCCCCGGGCUGACCGCUGUAGAUGCCUGAUCCCAGAUCUUUAGCUGUCUGUGAAAAUGCCAUUUUGAAUUCCCAUUUGUGGCUCACAUUUGGGGGCUGUUACCCGCAGCCUCCCCCGUGACUGACGGUACCCCUUUACCGGUGGCGUCGGCCCCGUUUCUGGGGCGGCGGUGAAGCUACGGAGCGUUAGGUGAAGGCCUGAGCCAUGAAUUUGGAGUUAUUGGAAUCCUUUGGUCAGAAUUACCCAGAGGAAGCAGAUGGCACGUUGGAUUGUAUCAGCAUGGCCCUCACCUGCACAUUUAAUAGGUGGGGGACACUGCUGGCUGUAGGCUGCAAUGAUGGUCGUAUUGUCAUAUGGGACUUUCUUACAAGGGGCAUUGCCAAGAUUUUAAGCGCUCACAUUCACCCUGUGUGCUCCCUUUGCUGGAGCAGAGAUGGACAUAAGCUAGUAAGUGCUUCUACUGAUAACAUUGUAUCCUUGUGGGAUGUUCUGUCUGGAGACUGCGACCAGCGGUUUAGAUUUCCCUCUCCUAUCUUGAAAGUCCAGUUUCAUCCACGGGAUCAGGAUAAAGUCCUAGUGUGCCCCAUGAAGUCUGCGCCUGUCAUGCUAACAUUAUCAGACUCCACUCAUGUAGUCUUACCUGUGGAUGAUGACUCUGAUCUUAAUGUGGUUGCAUCUUUUGAUCGACGAGGGGAGUAUAUCUAUACAGGGAAUGCCAAGGGAAAAAUCUUGGUGUUGAAAACAAACACUCAGGCAUUGGUAGCGUCUUUCCGGGUUACAACUGGGACCAGUAAUACAACUGCAAUCAAAUCCAUAGAAUUUGCCCGAAAGGGAAGCUGUUUUCUAAUAAACACAGCUGAUAGAAUCAUAAGAGUGUAUGAUGGACGGGAAAUCUUGACCUGUGGCAGGGAUGGUGAGCCUGAACCAAUGCAGAAACUUCAGGACCUGGUGAACAGGACUCCAUGGAAGAAGUGCUGCUUUUCUGGGGAUGGUGAGUACAUUGUGGCAGGUUCUGCAAGGCAACAUGCGCUGUACAUCUGGGAGAAGAGCAUUGGAAACCUGGUGAAAAUUCUUCAUGGAACUCGUGGGGAACUGUUACUAGAUGUUGCUUGGCAUCCGGUCCGGCCAAUUAUUGCAUCAAUUUCAAGUGGUGUCGUUUCCAUAUGGGCUCAAAAUCAAGUGGAAAAUUGGAGUGCCUUUGCUCCAGACUUUAAGGAGUUAGAUGAGAAUGUGGAGUAUGAGGAACGGGAAUCAGAGUUUGAUAUUGAAGAUGAAGAUAAGAGCGAACCUGAACAGACUGGAGGGGAUGCUGCGGAAGAUGAAGAAGUUGAUGUGACAAGCGUGGACCGCAUUGCUGCUUUCUGUAGCAGUGAUGAAGAAUUAGAAGAUACAAAAGCACUUUUAUACCUUCCUAUUGCCCCAGAAGUAGAGGAUCCUGAGGAAAAUCCCUAUGGUCCACCUCCAGAGUCAGGUCAAAUGUCACUAACAGAAGAUGGAGCAGGAACAGAGAAGAAGCGACAGGCCUCAUCAGAUGGUGUACAGCCCCCAAAGAAGAAACCAAAGACCACAAUGGUUGAGUUACAAGGUGUGCCCAGUGAUGAAGUUCACCCGCUGUUGGGAGUUAAAGGGGACAGUAAAUCCAAAAAGAAGCAAUCUGGACGACCUAAAGGAGCUAAAGGUAAAGAGAGAGACUCUCCAUUUAAAUCGAAAUCCUUCAAGGGUGACAGGGGCAUGCCUCUGGAUUCAGCCAUGAAAGGCAAAGUUCAGAGUGAGCUGCCACAAGUGCUGACAGGUGGAGGUGCUAUCUCUGAGCUGUUGUGAGAAGAUGCUUUAGAUCUGGACCUUUCUCUAACUUACUUAUAUGGAGAGUUCUACAGACUUUUAAUUGACAUGGUCCUGUCCAGUGAUAUUUUUUAUCUUGACAUAUCAUGUCUUUUUUUUUUUUGUCCAUUUAUCAUGCUUUAUUUUAAAUAGCAGACAUUUGUAAAUCUCGCAGCAGUUUUUGGAAUUGCCUUUUUUUUUUUUUUCUAUUAAGCAUAGGUUCAGUUUCGCUGAGGAUUGACAUGUAAAAGUUUGGCAGCUACUUCCUGCAUUCUUCCUAGGAACAGAUUAUGAGCUGUGUUAAAUUGUAGUUUGUUGCCUUGGAAACGGCAAGGUUGAAUUAAUGCUUAAAUCCUGUUUUCUGGUGUGUGUCACUGGAUAGAAAUGCCCCUUUCUAUUUUUAUAUGGCAGUCAUUUUCUUUUUUAGGAUUAUGUUGGACAAUCAGUUUACUCCAUUUUGGAUUUUUUUUUUUUGCCACUCACAAUUGUAUGACCUUUUUCUUGUUUCAUACUGGGUCCCAAAAAAGUUUCAACUGGGUGAAGAAUACGAAUACAUGUGACCUUACUAUUUCCAAGAUAAGCCAGAUUUUCUAAAGCUAUGCUGGAAAGCAGGAUGUUAUAUUUUGCAUGGUUUUUCUUAUAGUAACAAUUUUUUUAUUUUUAUUUUUUAACGUUUUUCAUCUUUGUUUUCCUGUGUAGAUACAUUUUGAUCCCAUGGAUUUCUGUUUUACCCUAGCUGCUGGGGAAAUAAAGUUCUUCUUUUGUCUA